AUGGCGAGGGCUCACUACAUCGUCAGGGUCGGAAAUGAAGGCUUCGCAGCCAGAACAAGCGACAGAGCACCUAAUCACUGGCACUACCUAUCCCCUCAGUACAUAUGGGGUUUCCCAAAGAACAUGCCCCACGUCAAGGUCCGCGCGCAAUUUGAAGCCGACGUUGACAACCCGCGCGUCACAGCGUACAUCUGGUUUCUCUGCAACGGGCACGGCGGUCCAGGUCAUUUCGUCACCGUGGGAGUUGGUAGGCGGCAUCUCGGCCACGGUCCCGUAAUUAAUGGACAACUACCUAUUCCAAUGGAGGUGGUAGUACGUCUGCAGACAGGCUUCGAUCACUGGUUCGAUUGGAGGCCUGUCAAUCCUAGCGCAGCGUUUCGCAAUCGAGUACGCAGGCUGGAAGUUCCCCGACCGCCUUAUAUACCCACGCUGCGCCAUGUCAGUGCAGAACAUCCAUCAUACCAAAUAUUUGAGGAUUUGAUCGACGACGUGGAGAACCAUGGCACGGUUGCAACAAAUGUGGUUGCUCCGUCUGCUCCUUUAGACCCGCCGAUUGAGAAGGAUCUGGAAAAUGUCCGGCGUGAGCAGGCGAAUCCACAUGCUGAGGGCUUUGUCUACCUGAUUCGAAUGUCCAGUCAUCCUUUCCUUAAGAUAGGUAUGAGCCUUGAUCCUGACGUGCGUCUGCGCACGCUGCAGACGGGAAAUCCAUACCCGCUCCGCCUUGUUCGGACAUGGAGGGUGGGCGAUAUGCGGCGUGUGGAAAUGGGGCUGCAUCGGGCAUUCCAAGGUCGGAGAGCUGACAACGAAGGGGGAACGGAGUGGUUCGAUUUUGGCGGGGGUAGGGACGCGCAGAAGGUUGAUGUUGUGGAUGAAGAGGUAGUCAGAGACGUCGAGACAGCAAUUGGCAGUCUGGACUCUUAA